UUUAUAACAUUCAAUAAAAAUAGUCUUUCUCCAAUACAGGGCUCGUACUGGGACCGGAACCACUUUCCAAGAAACAGAUGUGGUCCGUAAUAAUAAGGAUGGGGUGACACAGGAAGAGCAGAUGAUGGAGAGGAACAAGCGAUUGGAUGCAAUACAAAGGUAACCAGGCUUGGUUUAUUAUAGCUUUAAAGAAGCCUCGGCUGUGACCAGACUGGCUUCUGUUUUCUGUACAGACAUGGAGAAAUUGUUGAGUGAGGGAAUUGAUUUGUCACUUUUCUUUCGAAGAGGAAAGGAUAAGGAGGAAUAAAAAUCCGACAUGAUGAUCAUGGCUGUGCGCGGGGCGAACAGGAGGCGAUUUAUUGAAGCAUUAUAGAGCAGAAUGCCCUCAGGUCGUGAUUAUGGAAGUGAGAUGAGAUUGCUCUGGUUAUCGUGCGUGUUACAGGCUCGAUUGUGCGCCAGCCGCCGCAGUGACUGAACGCCUUUUCUGCUACCUGCUCGACGCCUGUUCGUGCUUAAAGACGAUGACUGCAUUCAUGGGAUGUAGCAGCAGCAGUUGGCACUAACAGGAACCCGUGUUAUCCCCCUGCUGGCUUCUGGACUGGCUGUUUUCCUGCAGCAGCAGCAGCACCACGGACAGCGACAAUGACUCGGCUCCGCAGAAAAGCUCUGGUGGCACUCUUCCUCUUCACGCUCUUCAUCUUCGGGACCAUGAUGGGGCUCAGGACGCUGAAGCCCAGCGACGGAUUCUCGGACCUGGCCCCCGGGAUGGACUUCACCGGGGAGAGAUCCGACAGGAGGAGGCUGGAUGUGAAAGACGUGAUGGUGUCGCCGGGCCAGUUCCACAUGGGCAGUAGCGACACUAAGGUGGUUUUCACCAAAUCGGACCGAGAAUACAGUAUUUUCUACGACGUGCACAUCUUUUACUAUCUGUGGUAUGGCUCUCCAAGCAUGGACAAUAAGUACAUCCACUGGGAUCAUGUCUUAGUGCCACACUGGGACCCUAAAAUUGCAGCCAGUCAUGCUCAAGGAAGGCACACACCUCCAGAAGACAUUGCCUCAAGUUUUUAUCCAGAACUGGGACCCUACAGCUCCAGGGACCCAAAGGUGCUGGAGUCACACAUGACCCAGAUAGAAGCAGCGGCAGCAGGGGUGCUAGUGUUGUCCUGGUAUCCUCCUGGGGUGGCAGACGACCACGGGGAGCCCACCGAGGACCUGGUUCCUGCUGUCAUGGACGCCGCCCACAGGCACAGCAUCAAGGUGGCCUUUCACAUACAGCCAUACAAAGGGCGGACGGACCAGAGCAUGCAUGACAACAUCAAAUAUAUUAUUGACAAGUAUGGAAAACAUGGCGCCUUCUACAGAUUCCGGUCCAGCACAGGGCGAGUCCUGCCUUUGUUCUAUAUAUAUGACUCCUACCUGACUCCACCAGAGUCCUGGGCAGAGCUCCUGACAGCUAAAGGCUCCCACACCAUCAGAGGCACACCAUAUGAUGGGGUUUUUGUUGCCCUCAUUGUUGAAGAGCGCCACAAACAUGACAUCCUAGCUAGCGGCUUUGAUGGCAUGUACACCUACUUUGCUUCCAACGGCUUCUCCUUUGGCUCUUCCCACCAGAACUGGAAAGCCAUCAAGGCCUUCUGCGAUUCAAACAAUCUGUUGUUCAUCCCCAGCGUUGGUCCAGGGUACGUGGACACAGCUGUUCGGCCGUGGAACAACCAUAACACGAGGAACCGGGUCAAUGGGCGUUACUAUGAGACGUCCCUGCAGGCAGCUCUAUCCGUCAGACCAGAAAUUGUCACCAUUACUUCCUUUAAUCAAUGGCACGAAGGCACACAGAUAGAGAAGGCGGUACCCAAGAAAACAGUGACCCGUUUGUACCUGGACUAUCAACCCAACCAACCAGAACACUACUUGGAGCUUACGCGCCAGUGGGCAGAGAACUUCAACAAGGAAAAGGAUAAGUGGCUGAUGUGAGCAUGGCUUUACUUAGCCUGGUUGAUGCCCUGAGCAUGACCAGAAAUGACAUUAAGUCAGCUCCUCUGUUGUAAGACAACAACUUUAUAGUCAUCCACCUACCCUGUUUCUCUCCAACUGAACACUCCUGAUGAGAUUUUCCCCAAAUGUUCACUCUACCCUUACUGUUUUUAAUCACUAACGUUUUUUGUACAGGAUUGAUAAUAUCACUAAUAUGUUGAAGCUACAAGGUCACAAUGAUGGACAGAUAAUCAUCAUUUCCUGAUAUGAUAACAACUUGGUUAAGUAUCUGUUUGCGACGUCAAGUGCGGCUAUGUACAGUAAAUCUCCUCUGUAGGAUUUUUUUCUUAUUUUCUUAUGAUAAAAGACUGUUCUUUCCUGUAUUUCC